AUGGCUGCGCAAUCUACUUUACGUACCCGGAUCUCUAAGUUCCUCGCCGGGUACUUCCGUUUGCUCGCCCAGUCCCCGAAAUCCCAGCGUCUAGUCAGUGCUGCGAUUCUGUGCGCUCUUGUUAUCGCAGGAUUCGACAGACGCCGGAGAUGGAAACAGCAAGACGAAGAACAAAAGCGUGGGAGGGAGCUAGUUCGACGUAAUUCCGGGAUCAUCGGCAAGGAUGGUACCUACACCAUUUAUGUCCCGCAUCCAAGGCACGGCACCACGAAGGUUGUUAUAAAUCCCACAAAGAAGACAACAUUCGAGGCGCAUAGACGGCUGUUUUUGAGUGGACCGAGAGGUAAAGGACAAUAUGUAUCCGGGACCCCACCACCUAAUACAAAGCCCGGUCUCAAUCUCGCCUUCUUACAUCAGUUCCUCUCUCUUCUUUCUAUUUGUCUCCCUCGCAUUGAUUCUCGUGGUACCCUUCUUUUGAUGCUUCACACCAUCGCUCUAAUUUCUCGAACAUAUUUGUCUCUUGUAAUUGCUCGUCUUGACGGUAGUAUCGUCCGCGACCUCGUCGCUGGAAACGGUAAAGCCUUCUCCAUCGGUAUCUUAAAAUGGUUGGGCGUUGGUGCGGUCGCCAGCUACACAAAUGCCGGUAUCAAAUAUCUCCAAUCCAAGAUUUCGAUCGAAUUCCGUACGAGAUUGACAAGAUAUAUCCACGACCUGUACCUCAAUGACCGCCUCGGCUAUUAUAAACUUACAAAUCUUGAUGGUGGUGUCGGCACCGGAGCUGACCAGUUCAUUACGACUGAUCUCACACGCUUCUGCGACGAAGCUUCUGCGAUCUACUCUUCUCUGGGCAAGCCUUUCCUUGAUCUCGUAGUCUUCAACUGGCAGCUCAUGCGCAGCCUUGGUCUGGCUGGUGUGGGCGGUCUUCUUAGCAACUACUUCCUCACUGCUUAUGUUCUCAAGAAAUACUCACCGCCAUUCGGUAAACUUGCGGCCGUGCAAGCUAAGAAAGAAGGUGAAUUCCGUGGCCUCCACUCUCGCUUGAUCACUAAUGCAGAGGAAAUCGCUUUCUAUGGUGGAUCUGAGAUGGAAGGCGUAUACCUCCACCGCGGUUUCGGAGAACUCAAGAACUGGAUGGAGAACAUAUAUAGCAUGAAGAUCAGAUACAACAUGCUUGAGGACUUCAUUUUGAAAUACUCUUGGUCCGCUUUCGGAUUCGUUAUUACCUCCCUGCCGGUAUUUAUGCCCGCAUGGGCCGGUCUUGGUGGUUUACUGGAGUUGGCAAGCAACAAAGAGGCCCCCUCAGCCGACCAUGAACGCCGACGCGGCCAAGACCGAAUGAAGGGCUUCAUCACAAACAAGCGACUCAUGUUAAGUUUGGCAGAUGCAGGUGGUAGAAUGAUGUACAGCUUCAAGGAUCUCAGCGAACUCGCUGGUUACACUUCGCGGGUAUACACAUUGAUCUCAACUCUUCACAGAGUUCACUCGAAUGCCUACCAAAUCCCGUCGAAGGGGCAUGCGGAACUAUACUCUAUGGCCGACGUCCAGGGUACAAUUCACAAAGGCUUUGACGGUGUCCGUCUGGAAAGCGUACCAAUUGUCGCACCGGCGCUCUAUCCACGAGGAGGCGAGGAAAUCAUUGAAGAUCUAUCGGUCAUCAUUAAGGAAGGUGAACAUCUCCUUAUCAUCGGCCCUAACGGCUCUGGAAAGAGUAGCGUCGCUCGUGUUGUCGCUGGUUUAUGGCCCGUCUUCCGUGGAUUGGUCAGUCUGCCACGGAACAGAGGCGAGGACGGUAUCAUGUUCCUGCCCCAGAGGACAUACCUUUCUAUGGGCACGCUGCGUGACCAAGUCAUCUACCCGCACACUGAAAUGGAUAUGAGGACUUCCACCAAGAACGACGCAGAACUUCAGAGGAUUUUGGAAGCUGUGAGGCUAGGUUAUUUGAGGGAUAGAGAGGGCGGCUGGGACACACAGAAGGAUUGGUCUAACGUUCUCAGCGGAGGAGAAAGGCAGAGGAUGGCAUUUGCUAGGCUGCUGUACCACGAGCCCAAGUAUGCAUUCGUUGACGAGGGCACCAGCGCGGUCAGCAGUGACGUUGAGGGACUGUUGUACGAGACGGCAAAGGAGCGGGGCAUUACUCUGAUCACCAUUUCAACUCGUGCUCAGUUGAAGAAGUACCACACCUACCAGCUCCGCCUUGGUAUGGGUGAGUACGGCGCUGAAUGGGAGUUCGACCGGAUCGGCGCCGAACGCGAGCGAAUGAGCAUUGAAAAGGAAAUCAAGGAGCUCGAAGAGAGACUCGCUAAGGUUAACGAUAUGGAACAAAGGAAGCAGGCUAUUGAAGCCGAGUUGAAGAACGUUCUCAUCGAAGGCGGUGACUUGGGCGUUGUAGAAGCUGAAAGUCUCCCCGACGAGGAAGAGGAAAGUGAGGAGGAACAAGCACAGGGACCUGAAGUCGAGUUCGUACCCGUGUUAGAAGAAGAAGAUUAUGCUGCCUCGACUAAUGAUGAUGUUGCUGUUAUUGACGACGAGAGCAGCAGUGGUUCGGAGGCUAAGUAA